AUGGCUGCCGAGACAGUUUUAGUGGUUUCCGAGAGUGUCGUGAAUGGGACGAGUAUGAAUGGUAUUCUGAUGGGCGAAGUGAAAAAUGUAAAUACGACGUCGGAGCCGCAGUUUUGCGGUUCGGGUCUGGAACAAUUCCAAGCAGGCUACAAGGAAUUGCACGGGUACCUCAGCCUCUUCGUCUGCAUCUUCGGCUCGGUGGCGAACUCUCUGAACAUCGCCGUGCUGACGAGGCGCGAGAUGAUCUCACCGACCAACAGCAUCUUGACGGGACUGGCCGUGGCCGACCUCCUGGUGAUGGUGGAGUAUGUGCCGUACGCGCUGCACAUGUACCUGCUACGGCGGCCGCGGGCGCAGACGUACACGUACGCGUGGGCCGUGUUCGUGCUGUUCCACUCCAACUUCGCGCAGGUCUGCCACACGGUGUCGAUCCUGCUGACGGUGACGCUGGCCGUGUGGCGCUACCUGGCGGUGGCGCACCCGCAGCGGGGCCAGAUAGGCAUGCCCUGCACGCUGGCCGUGGUCGGCUCGGCGUACGUGCUGGGCCCGCUGCUGUGCACGCCGCACUACCUCGCCUUCGAGGUGGCCGAGCUGUCCGAGGGCAACGCGACGCUCCACUUCGUGCAGAUGAGCCGUUUGAGCCAGGCGGCCGGCGGCCUGCUGAGCGACGUCAACUUCUGGGUGUACGGCGUCGUCGUCAAGCUGACGCCGUGCGCGGCACUGACGGUGCUCAGCCUCCGCAUCGUCGCCGCGCUGGUGGAGACGAAGCGCCGCCGGCGCCAGCUGACGGUGUCGGCGUCGUCGCGCCAGCAGGACAAGGAGCGCCAGACGGACCGCACGACGCGCAUGCUGCUGGCCGUGCUGCUGCUCUUCCUGGUCACCGAGCUGCCCCAGGGUGUGCUGGGCCUCCUCAGCGGGCUACUCGGCCAGCGCUUUUUCGCCGAGUGCUACGUGCCGCUGGGUGAGCUCAUGGACGCGCUCGCGCUACUCAACUCGGCCGUCAACUUCAUCCUGUACUGCAGCAUGAGUCGGCAGUUCCGCGUCACCUUCUGCCAGCUGUUCCGGCCGCGCGCGCUCGACAGGUGGAUCCCGGUGCAGACGACGGCGCACAACGGCCACACCGGAGCCGCCGCCACCACCACCAACAACGCGACGCAGGUGACGCAGCUGUAG